CCACAUUGCACUAUAUGUUUGGGAAACAAGACAAAAUGGACGUUAGAUGCAAUCCCGAGCUGGAAGGCGCCCGGGUCGUCUCCAAGAACGGACAUAAAGAGAGCAAGGAAAGCAAAGGAUGCGAAGGAAAUAUCCCGGCGUCUUUUCUGAAGGAUCCACAGGGGACUUUCGCAGCCUCUGGCGUCUCCGAGGAUUGCAGUAAAAGUAAAUCGAGUUCCGCCGAUCCGGAUUAUUGCCGAAGAAUCCUCGUCCGAGAUGCCAAAGGCUCCAUCCGCGAGAUCAUCCUCCCGAAAGGGCUCGAUCUGGACCGGCCCAAGCGGACGCGCACCUCCUUCACGGCCGAGCAACUCUACCGGCUGGAGAUGGAGUUCCAGAGGUGCCAGUACGUGGUGGGCCGCGAAAGGACGGAACUGGCCCGCCAGCUCAACCUCUCCGAAACUCAGGUCAAAGUGUGGUUCCAGAACCGGCGCACCAAGCAGAAGAAGGACCAAGGCAAAGACUCGGAGCUGAAGUCGGUGGUGUCGGAGACUGCGGCCACCUGCAGCGUCCUGCGGCUGCUGGAGCAGGGGCGGCUGCUCUCCCCGCCGGGCCUGCCGGGCCUCCUGCCGCCCUGCGCCACCAGCGCCCUGGGCUCGGCUCUGCGCGCUCCCAGCCUGGCCAGCGGCACCUCUGCCUCCGGGCCCGCCGGCGCCUCCCCGCACCCGCCCGCAGUCAGCAGCGCCGCCGCCGCCGCCGGCCCGGCGCACCCUUCCCCGCCCGGGGGGCACAACCUCUUUAGCCUGCCGGUGCCCACCCUGCUGGGCUCCGUGGCCAGCCGUCUCUCCGCCAACCCCCUGGCCAUGGCCGGCUCCCUGGCGGGCAACUUGCAAGAACUCUCCGCCAGGUAUCUCAGCUCGUCCGCCUUCGAGCCCUACUCCCGGACGGCCAACAAAGACGGCGCCGCCGAGAAGAAGGCCACCUUGGACUGA